UACAGACCGGAAGUGUAACAGUCGUUGCUGGAAACUAGAUGGAACAGGGGCUAGCUCAAAGCUAAAUGCUAACGACUCAGACCUCGUCAUUUUAAACAUUUAACACCCUGUUUAAAUGUCUUGACAUUUCUCUCGUCGGAGGAUUUAUCCUUCAAACGUAGUUGUAGAGAAAACCGACUGACGCAUCUAAAGCCCGGUAAGACGCCUCUGAACACUUUGGUUUCUUGGGUUACCAACUUAGCUAACUAGCCGCUACAGCUAACCAAGCUACAAGUAUAGAACUUCCCCAGAGACCUUUCUGGAGCCGGGACACUCCAAACCCCACAGACAACGUCACUGGGUAUCACUGGCUGUGGUCUUCAGUCCCCUCCUCAGUCUCCGGGUGUGGAUGACACUGGCGCGGAGCCAGCCCUUUGUAGAUGAAGAUGUCCCUGGUCCAGCGAGUGCUCCUCUCCUGGAUUUUUGCCCUGAUCUUUCUUAUUAUGCUAGUGCUCAAGCUGGACUCCAAGAUCCAGUGGAACUGGUUCGUGAUCUUCCUCCCUGUCUGGACCUUUGACACCAUCCUCAUUCUCAUGUUGAUCGUGAAGAUGGCGGGACGCUGCAAGCCAGACUUUGACCCCAGGGAUGGUGAGCAGAGCCUACAGAGGAGGUUGUGGUAUCUGACAGCUUUACUGCUCAAGGUGACUUUCUGUCUCAUACUGUGCACCCACCUGGAGAAGCUCACUGAGAUGUUGGUGAGUGUGGUGUGCGUCCCCCUGUGGGUGCUGCUGGGUGGGGCGCUAGUGGAGCUGGGACACAGCGUUUUCCACUACAGGAGGGACUGAAACUGAAGAGUCUCCUGUCUCUGAACUGUAACAUUACAUGCAGACAUCUCUAUUUUUUUGGAUGGGUGAUACUGAUCCACAUUAAAUGUUUUUCUCUUUGCCAAUAACCUUAUUAUAAAACUCACUGCUUCUGUAGAAAGUUGAAUAACAAUGGCAAGGUGAAGGCUGACUGGGUUCCAGCGUCUUACUGGUGUGUUAUGCAGGUUUAUACGAGGAAACAGAACAUUUCCUUUUAUUGUUUGUUGGCAAUUGUUACUGACUUCAGGCAACAGCAGGAGACUAAAGACUACACAGGCUGGAAAUAUAAAUAAUGUGACUUAGAGCUAAGCAAGAUCAUAAUCGAAGCAUCAUCAGCUGUCGUGACACAAUAUGUGCAGAUUUCUUCUAUGCUACUUAGUUCGGCUGUUGAGCUUAAAAGGACACACAUGUACACACACAGAGUUAAAUAAUCGAUGUAACACUGAUGCUAGUGCAAAGUCACCCACUCGUCCACUGUGCCACUGACACACAAAAAUACAUGCAACAUAACUUAAUUCUCAAGGUUUGUUCAUAUACACACUCAGGCGUUGGACUUUCAGGGUUCAGGGUUGUUGUGCCUAGAUCAGCAUCUGUCUGAGCAGCACUUGUGCUUUUUUUGGUUAUGUAAGAAACUGGCUGGACUUGAACUAAGUGAGUUUUUGCUGUGAGGUAGAACUUUUUGUGCCGCAUUUGCCAGUGUGACAUUCGACAGUAGGAAAAUCACAGGUUUAAUUAAAGAAAUACAAAAAACAA